UGUGUGUGUGUGUGUGUGUGUGUGUGUGUGUGUGUGUGUGUGUGUGUGUGUGAUCCUGCUGCUGCUGUAAGUUGAGCUGAUUGAAUGGAAACAAGCGACGCAGACGAGUCUCUUCAAAACUCUCCUUGGUGAGCAGCCAUGAACCGACCCGGUGUUGGUGGGACUUCAUCCAUUAGUUUGUCCAGCAGCAUGCCAGUGAAUGGAUGUCCCCCCACAGAUCUAACAGAAGAAGACAUAGACAAUCUGCGUUUUGAACUUGCCAAGAUGGAGGAAGAAAUCCAGACAUUGAGGCAGCUGGUGUUGGCCAAAGAGAAAUAUGCCGCCGACAUCAGGAGGCAGCUGGGUCUGGGUCCUCUCAGCAGCCUCAAACAGAACCUGUCCAAAGGCUGGCAAGAAGUUCAGACCUCAUCCCCAUACCUUACAGCCUCUGCAACCAUGGAUGACAUCAGCAACUCCAAUGUAUAUGUGAGGACCAAGGAAGGUCUCUCUCAUGCAGGCAUUGUGACAUCUUCUGCAUUGUCCAAUUUGGGUGUGGUCAUCACCAGGAGGCUGGCAGAGAUGAGAGCUCUUCCCCUUCCAAGCCCGCCACGCACCCUGAGCCACACAAUGAGUGUGCCAUCUAUGAGACACUCCUCUACAUUCAAGUCUUUUGAAGAAAUGGUUGGCAGUGUGAAGGAGAAGAUGACAAAUCACGGCGAAACUUCUGGCUUUGAAAGAAGAUCUGCACGUUACAACACAUGACGACUAUUUUUCAUAUCAUAAUGUUGUAAAGCUCUCUUUGGUUUGUCUGUGAAAUAUGAACUACAUUACCCAACAACUACUAUGCAAAGAUUUCUGUGGAAUGUAGAAUUCAUUCUAAAAAAAUAUAUUUAUUUUCACGUCUACGACCUACUUUGACAGUUCAUUGGCAUUGUUUGUGACUUUAGCAAAAUCUAAUAUUUAUGAGUAUUUUUGUACAAUUGGAUUGGUUAAAUUACGUGUUUUACGUGAAUAAAAUUAAGUUAUUUAAAAUGUA